UUGUGGUGUCAGGGGAAUGGGACUCGGACCCUCCGAGUUCAAGCCACAAAACGCACGGUCCGAGUCCAGUGUAUUGGGAUGACGAUGGUGAGGGACUCGGACCCUCCGAGAUGGCGUGCUUCACGGACCGUCCGAUUUCGAUUUGAGUUGUCGAACGGUCCGAGUCCAUUGCUGGUAUGGACACGCGGCGCUUCCCCGUUGAGUCCCUAAUCGGUGGGCAUCAUAAGCGUAGAAAGAAGAAAACCUGCUCUCCUACCAUCCGAAUCCCCACUUCACUCCCACCAACCUUUCUCCCUCAAAGCCUUCUUCUUCAUUUCUCUGAACUUUGCAUGGUGGAGGAGCAACAUUAAUGGGGAAAAAAUCAAAAAUUAAAGAUGUUGAUCGAUCUGAGCUUCAUAUUAUUCACUAUCUCAGUGAUCCUGAUUAUAAAUCAAGAAUGUUGACAUGUAACCAUCCACUUCCUCCGGAUCGGUACAACGAAAGGGUGGAGGAUCAUCUGCGAAUUACCGGGUUCUAUCAUGCAUCUCAGAUUGGGAUAGUGCAGUGUCAGAAAGCAUUGGUAAAUGCUCUAAUUGAACGUUGGCACCCAGAGACACAUACGUUCCACCUUCCCAUUGGUGAAUGUGCUGUGACACUUGAAGAUGUAGCUAUGAUUCUUGGUCUUCCCACAGAUGGUCUUCCGGUCACAGGGAUGACAAUGAGCAGUUAUGAAGCGUUGGAGGCGGAGUGUUUGCUUCAAUUUGGAGUUGCACCGCGUAUGUCUGACUGUAGAUCUAGUUGCAUAAAACUUACCUGGCUGCGUGAUUUAAAAGAAAAUUUACAGUUGAUUGAUGAUAUCAGUAUACAGAGGUAUGUGAGGUGCCAUAUUAUGUUGUUGAUCGGGACGAUCUUGUUUGGGGAUAAGUCUGGGGCAGGAGUGCAUUGGAAAUUUCUACCCUUGCUACGUGAUUUUGGUAGUAUUGGUCAGUAUAGUUGGGGAGCGGCAUGCCUGGCACAUCUCUACAGGGCAUUAUGCCGUGCAUCCCGUUUUAACUGCAAGGAAAUAGAUGGUCCACUAACACUUCUACUCUGUUGGGCUUGGAUCAGGAUGCCAUACCUAUCGCCGCUACCUAGGGAACCUCGAAGUUUUCCACUAGCAAACAGGUGGCGGAACUGGGAGCGUGGUGACCGACGAUUUAGAUACUUGAAGUUAGCUCACUUUAGGAAGUCAUUUGAUGAACUUCAGGAAGGGCAGUUUGUUUGGGUUGCUUAUGCUGUGGAUCGGGUGGAUCCGAACAUCAUUCCUCCUGAAAUCUACAUGCAGUCGGUGGUUUGGAGUGCUACAGUUCCGUUGGUAUCAUUUGAAUGUGUCGAGUGGCAUGCUACCGAUAGAUUUAGGCGACAGUUUGGUUUGGUUCAGGGACUACCUAGUCAGGAGCGGAAUCUAGAGAAGGCGCAUGGAGAAACCCUGAAGGGGCCCAAGAAUCUUAAUUGGGCCACGGAAGCGAGUCAUUCAAAAUGGGUGAUGCAUUGGUCAAACAGAUUGGACCGGAACCUGCCGGUUCAUUUAUACAUUCAGAUUGCACCGGAAAGGCCGGUUCAAUCAUAA